AAAAUGCAAAGAGGCAAUCUGUCUGUGGUAUCAGAAUUUAUACUUUGGGGACUUGCCCACUCACAGAGUGUUCAGGCUUUACUCUUCAUAAUGCUUUUAGUACUUUAUCUUUUUAUUGUGUCUGGAAAUAUUGUCAUCAUGGUCUUAAUCACCACUGACCGCCAUCUCCAUUCUCCCAUGUACUUCUUGUUGGCCAACCUGUCCUUUGUUGAUAUGUGGCUUUCCUCAGUCACCACUCCUAAGAUGAUAUCAGACUUUCUCAGAGAAAACAAGACCAUUUCCUUUGCAGGCUGCAUGUCACAGGUCUUCUUCGCUCAUUGCAUUGCUGGUGGAGAGAUGGUGCUUUUAGUGGCAAUGGCUUAUGACCGCUAUGUGGCCAUCUGCAAACCACUCCAUUACUUUACUAUUAUGAACCUGAGAAGAUGUUCUGGACUGGUGUUGGUUUCGUGGACUACUGGUUUUAUUCAUGCCAUGAGUCACCUGGUAGUGAUUGUGGAGUUGCCUUUUUGUGGCCCCAACGAAAUAGAUAGCUUUUUCUGUGACAUGCCAUUGCUGAUCAAGCUAGCUUGUGUGGAUUCCCAUGAUUUGGAUAUUCUAAUGAAUGCUGACUGUGGGGUUGUAGCUAUAGCCUGCUUCAUUCUCUUGCUCAUUUCCUACACAUAUAUCAUUAUCACUGUUCACCAGAGCUCCAAAGCUGGUGCAUCUAAAGCUCUGUCCACAUGCAGUGCCCAUAUCACAGUGGUGAUGAUCUUCUUUGUGCCCUGUCUUUUCAUCUAUGUGUGGCCACUCAAUAUCAUUUGGUUGGAUAAGUUUCUUGCUGUAUUUUACUCUGUUUUUACACCUCUCCUAAACCCAGCUAUUUAUACACUGAGAAAUAAAGAGAUGAAAAAUGCUAUGAAAAGGUUCAUUCGCAACCACCUAGGUCCCAAAGGAAAUCCCCAAACCCUGAAAUUAUAA